UUUUGCUUUUUUUAGAGUCAAUUUAAAACAAGAUUUCGUACUUUUACGUGCAAUUCUAUUUUAUUUCUCUCUCUCUCUCUCAUUUUCGGUGAGAUGGGAACGUAUUUCUCUUGAAGAAAAAAUGAACUUAGUUAAAAUUUAGGCUGAGCGCCACUUCAUUUUUCAAAUAAGCGUACGCCAUAGCGAAUGUUAUGUUCCACGCUGCACGUUCAACCAGUGAGGAAUUGUUCUCAGGAUUUUCACAAGAGUGAGAUUUGUCAGGACUGAAAAAAGAUUUCAAGAUGUCGAGAAAUCAGGAAAAACUUGACGAACUUCGCAAAAUUCUUCUGUCAUUGCUGGUCGCCCGACAAGAGCUCACACCUAUAACCCUCCUUGAGAGGGACUAUUAUAAGGAGGAACAGACACGUAUACCAUAUCGUCAAUUCGGUUUCCCCGAUCUCUUAAGCUUUCUUCAAAGUAUGCCAGAGUACUUCAUUAUUGAGCAGAAUAAUGGUCUUCAUUAUGUACGCCCUAUUGCAUCGGACAAAAGUAAGCACGUGAGCUCGCUGGUAGCCCGCCAAAAGAACAAUACGAAAUCGAGAUUCCUACGUCGCCCUCCACACAUGAGGUCUCAGCGAAUCAAAAUUGGAGCCGACAAGCUGUUUAAUCUUAUACAGCAUGUCAGAAGCAAUCCCAAUGGUGUAAGCAUGCAGGAUGCUCUGAAUUAUGUAUGUGGACUAGUGCCACACAUCAACAUUUCUCCAUUCGAAUUACGGGAACAACUGCGCGAAGUAUCACAUUUAUUGUACUUAGAUAGUAACAUGAUCUAUCCGGUGUGGAAUAAUGAUAUUUUACCAAAUACAACUCAUAAUACAGCCCAUCGACAACCUUCGAUGCAACAAUCUUCCAUGUCAGAGCCACGGAACCAAUCAAGGACACAAAGUGAAUCAAGAUCGUCUUCGAUACAUACAUAUGCUGCCGGACAAGAGGAUUCCGAUUGGAUAGAAGAUUUUAGUGAUGAGGGCGAUUUUAUACCAGCUAAUUGUAUAAACAAUACCAGCAAUUGCCAAAGGCGUCCAACGACGAGUGAACAACUUGCAGCGAAUCUUGCGCAAUAUUCGAAGCACGAACAAACCAAUACACUCACCAAUAAGACCAAUGACAAUAACAAUAAUGAUAACAUGGAAAUUAAUGUAGACGAAUACUUUGCUUUAAUGAAUAGCAAAGACAACGCAAUGAAUAUUAAUAAAAUUAAUACUACUGAACACUUAUCCCAAAUAAUAAGUGACAGAACAAAACUUCGAUUGAAGCAACUAUUGGACAAACAUCCAAAGGGUAUCUGGUGUGCUGAGCUACCUGACUUAUAUCUUCAGGAAUACAAGGUGCGCCUGAAUUACACCGGAUUGGGUUUUGCCAGUGUGCGCGAGUUUACAUCUCAUCUACCGCAAAUUUUCUACAUGGCACAGGGCGACAAAACGGCUGACUUUAUAUUAUAUAGUGCAGAUAAGAAACUGAUGGAGCCACGAAUAUCACAGAUGGAGCCUACUGAAAUUUUACAAGCUUCGAAUAAGAAAUAUGAUGAGCAUAGUACAAUGCAAUACGUUAAUGAUGACGACAAGGCACCGAUCCCGUCAGAUGUUUCGUCUACUAUUACCAAAAGAUUCGCGCCUAAUGAUGUAAUGAAUUACGACGAUGAUGUAGGAAAAAUAUCGGUGACUGAGUUACAAAAUAGCAAAACCUAUUUAGAGAUAUACAUUAGUGAAGUGUUCCACCCGUGCUUUUUCUGGAUUCAUCUUCGAGAAAACAAAAAACGUUUUGAUAGAUUGAUGAUUGAGCUAUGCGAAUUCUAUGACCAUAAUAAAGAUACGUAUACCAUUGCAAAGAUUGCCUUGAAAAAAGGUUUGAAUUGUGCAUGCCUAUAUUCGAAUAAAUGGCAUCGAGGAGUCAUUAAAAAUGUGAAAGCAGAUUUCAAAGUAACGAUAUUUUUCUACGAUUAUGGUACUUUGAAGACAUAUGCGCCAGAAGAAAUAUAUUAUUUGCACAAAAGAUUUUCCUACUUACCUGCCCAAGCAAUACCUUGCGGCUUAUAUAAUGUUAAACCAUGUAUUGGUGAUCGUUGGAAGAGGAGCGUAAUUGAGCAAUUCAUUGACAAAGUCAAUGAUACACUUCUAGCUGCAACUAUAAUUUCUGUUGAUCCUACGUAUAAUUCCAUGAUGAUCAUUCUAACCGAUACAAGCGAAGAUGAGGAUGUAGAAAUAAACCAAUGGUUAGUGAAUGAGAGACUAGCGCAAGUUGGUAAAAUGGCUGAUGCCGUUGACAUGGCGAGCAUAAUGAAGUAUGUGGUAAACAAUUUCAAUCAAUUACCGACGUAUUGCUUUGCGGAGGAGAACCUGAUGCCCGACAACUGCUGCAAAGCAACAUCGACAGCAGAAACGCACGAAGUUCCUUUCACAUCGCCCGGAUCGACGACUCAUGUAUAUUGCGAUAGUCGCCAGCAGCAGUCAGUGAAGCCACCGCCAGGUUUUGCACCUCUCGGCGAACAGCGCGCCGAGAGUGUGCCGAGAGUAUAUCCACCUAACGUAUCAACAAGGAGCUUCCACAAGGACAAUUCUUUUGCAAACGUGUCAAAUAUGAAGACAUCGACUGUGGAAGCGACAAAUCCAUUCUUGACAGAUCAACAAUUUAUUCCUAACGAUAUCGCCAAACAGAUAUUUAUAUCAGUUUGGAAUGAGAAUAUGAAAUUGCAGAUUAAACUGGUCGACGUAUUCUAUAAUUUGUCGCGUAUGCCUCUCACUAAGAGUUUAUUCAAUGAUCAUAUAACGAUCCAAUUUCAGUUAAAUAAGGUGUUGAAAGUUUUCGAGAAAAUGAUAGAAGUUUCACAAGACAAUGAUCGUUCUAAUAUCGUGAAAACGCCUUCGACGUCCGCGAAUGUCGCGAAUGAAAUGCCAUUGAAUGAUAUUAGUAUGGCGCAGAAGGCAUUGUUUAAUUUAAACAAUGAAACUGCGAAUCAAAAUAUCACAAACACUUUUCUUACGUCGAAUCCGUUUGGAUCUAUGAACGGUAGUGAUAAACUGCAGAAUCAUGCCACGUUUUCCACCUGCGGCUUGGAUGAUUUCGCUUUUAAAACUAACUGGAGCCAACACAACGAGCAUAAUUCGCAUGUACAAAUGCCUUCCUUAGCAACUGAAACUCUAUUAUCUUCGAUGUACACUAAUCAUAUACCGUCAGCCAAUACCUUUCUUCCAAACGUCAAUCAGCCCGGCGAAAAUGUACUCUCGAUGAAAUCGGUAUCUCCAGCGGUUCCAACGAGCACUAAUAUUCCCAAUAAUUUCUCAGAAAUCCUGGAAAACGUGAACACCCAAUUUAGCAAUAUGUUUAAAAAUACAAAUCCCUUUAAGUCCUCAUUUGAUGGAAUACAGACAUCGGAAUCACAAAAUGAGCAAAUUGCUCACGAUACGAACAUCGCAUCGAAUCUAUCUGCUAGAAAUCCGCAAGGGCAUGUUGCGAAGACGGAAGCCGCGAAUAUUUAUCCGAGAACUAAUUGUUUUCCACCUGCGGAACAUAUCAAUGUCAAUAGCAGUGAAACUUACACCCCAAGAAUUAUUUAUGAAUCCGAUCCGGUAAUGUAUAAUACGCAAAAGAAGCAAGCUGACGCAGAUAUAAAGCAAAGUACGUGUAGCACUGAUUCCGAUAACACUAAGAAUGUCCCUAAGAGAGAAUGUAUUAAGGAAUCGUUCUCGCAGCCCGCAAAUGAUAUUACUGGUUCGCACAUGCAACAUGAAGGAAUGAUAAAUCACAAGUUAACGCGAGAUAACUCACAAAUUGAGAAUUAUGCCACUCAAUCAUCGACCUAUUACGUGCAAGAUUCACAGCCGACAAUAAACGGCGAAUUAAAUUAUCAGCAAAAUAGUAAUACAAACAAUUUGCAACCUACGUUGUUACAAGGCUUGCAAGUCGAAAUCUCGGAAUGUUGGGUCAAUUCAGGCUUACAGAACAAUGUUUCUUUAUCGAAUCCCAAUGAAAAUUCUAUAUAUACUACACCAAUUGCUUUAGCUAAUCAAACUUGGAAUCGUAAAAACGACAGGAAAUCUGUACCUCAAGAGACGAAUAGAACAAUCGAUUCAAAUUAUGUCUCAAAAUUUGAAGAUAAUCACGAUAAAAAAACAAUGAAUGCUCAUGCGAAUUCCUGGUACAACAUCGAAAAUAGAUAUGUUGAAUACAAGAAUAUGAAUUACGACACCAGUACUUUCAUAUUUCAAAAGAUUGAUACAGUUAAAGGCGUGUCAUUUAUAUUUAACAUUGAACAGGAAGGCUGGAUAUUGACAAACGAGUUCAUAGAAGUCUUUACGAAUUUCAAAUUUUACUCUCACUUAUUGGCUAUGUUAGAAAUGAUGAAUAUAAACACUGUUUUUAAAGAGAUUCAAAGAUCUGAAUACCCAUUACAAUUUUUACAACUUGAUAGAUAUCCUCUAAAUGUUCCCCGAGAUUCUAAGAAGCGUAUUAUCUCCAUUAAUUUGAUUUCGUUACAAACUACAUUAGCGUUACUGCAUAAGUUAAGGAUAGUUUCGCGCGAAGAAAUAGAUAAUGCUUUCAAAAAGAAUGAAUUUCGAGAAGGUUCGAUUUUGCCUACUUUAUGGUUCGAGAUAUCUCGCCAUCCAAUUUCGAUAUUUCAAUAUGGCAUCCAGCAGGCGAUCUCGAUCGAGGCACAGCGGGUUCGCGAUUCGACGACAUCCCGCCGUUAUUCUAUAACUUUGGCAAUUGAAAUUGAAUUUUUUUAUUGUGAUAAAAAAUGGCUGAGGGCGAGGAGAAACUCACGGGUUUGGCGAAACAUUUCAACAGCCAAACCAUGUACGGUCGGGCGAACGUAACGAAAGCGACGUACGUCGGUAUAGGACUGCUCUCCUUAUACUUCUAUUUGAAAUCGAAGAGCAAAAAGACGUAACUUGUGAAUGGGAUCGCAGUCGCAUUAUGUAAUGAUACAUGCCGUAUCUUAAUAUUCUUCAAAUAAAUGUAGUCGAAUAAUUCUUUUGUAAAUUUAUCUUAUUCGUUGCUUGUUUCAAUUAAUUUGCAAUUAAUAGUGAUCGUAAAUAACUGUUCACUAAAAAUGUAAUAUAAAACGUUUAAAUAGUCACAUUUUAUCGAGAAAGCAGAUUUACAUUUGCUGCUCGCUCCACUAUAAUGUAAAUUAUAAUUAUAAGAAUAUUAAAGAAAAACAGACUACUGAAAUGAUGAAUAAACAGAAUAUAUUUAAUUUUUAUUGUACAAACAAAAUAUGUGUCAUAUGUCAUUCUAUUCUUAUACAGUUUCUUAUACAGAUGUUAAAAAUGUAAAAAUUGAUUUAAUAUUAAUUUCUUAUGUUUUAUUUAAUAUUUUAAAAGAAUGCAGAUAGAGUUAAUUGAUGACAAUAUAACCAUAGACUUUGUAAAAAUCUUUUUUAUAUUAGAACCUUAGUUAACAUUUGAUUGACAUUUUGUUACAAGGGAUUGAGUAAUUGUAAUUCAUUCAUUGAUUGUGUGAAUUUAUUUUAUGUACAAUAAAAUUAAAUUAAAGCACAUUUGACUGGUGGAAGAAAAUCAUGUUUACACGAAUAUAUGAAAGUAAUGAAAUGUUUCUAGCUACAUUAGACUAUAAAGAGAGCUACUAAACAGCUAAAAAGCGUAAAAAGAAAUUUGUAUAAUAUGUUUUGGCAGCGAUGGAAUAAAACUGGCUGAAGUAAAAGCCU